CCCAACAUGAGAUCUUCUACCAACAACCAACAUUGAAGCAUAUUUUUAGCCUUUUGUUCUAGAGUGUAUCAUUAUGACCUAUUUCUACAAGCCUUAUAACUUUUAUCAAAAUCCUUCUCCUGGUUAUCAAUUACAUGAAUUCCGUUCUUCUUUCGAAAAAGCACGAACUUUUGAUGUUGAAGAUGAUUUAGAAUUUUGUCCUGCCUUAUCUGAAGAAGAAUUGACCGCAAUUUACCAGAUGACCGGGCUUUCUCCGACAAACAGUUCCCCAUCUUUGUCUCCAAUGACUCCCAAUAUGUAUCCUUCUGUUAUGCCGUCGAUUCAAAAUGGAAGCUACGCCGGGAUGCAGUAUGCACCCUCGUCAUUCCAGCACAAUCCAAGCACCCGCCAGAAAAAAUCUUCUAGUAUUCCAAUCAUUGACCCUGUGACUCGUGCUCCUGCAGUUUUGACAGCACCUACAGCAAAUUCCCGUUCUAAGCCUUAUUGGUAAUGAGGACUUGGGGCUACUUUAUAUUUUGCAUUCAUGAUGGUUAUAAUCUUUAAAGCUCUUUGUACAAUUACUCAUUGCGUUUACCCUUGUAUUUAUCCAUUUUUCAUUUAUGCAGCCAAUGCGAUUGUGUGUAUUUCAAUUAUUGCACCGCUCUUCUUUCAUGUUUUGUCUUUCCUAUCACCGUCACACGAACACAUUCUACAAAACAUCGCUUUUUACGAACAUUGUUAAAAUAUUUUGAGAACCUUUUAUCUUGUACAAUACUUGUUUCUCUGUUCUAUCCUUGUGUUGUUUAUGUCUUUUGUUUUGAUGAAGUUAUUCACUAUCAACAUUCAUUUUUCUUUUUUUUUACAAGGAGGCUUUAUCCUUCUUCGGUUGUAUAUCUAUAGUUGCUAAACUUUACGAAUUAGUUUAUCAAUAUUAUCAGCAUUGUAAUAGCUUUAAUUUGCUACACGAAAAAUAUCUAAUGC